AUGGAGGACUAUGAGGUGGUGCAAACCCUCAGCAAUAAUCAAUACAUUUGUGUGAGGCGAUCAUCUUCAUCAUCAAAUAAUCCUUCUGCUCGUUCAUCUUCUCAUCAAACGGAAAGAAAAUCGGAAAAGAAAAAAAAUCGCAAGUCAUCCUCAUCACACAAUCACUAUUUAAUUACCAAACAAUAUUUAUAUUCCUACGACCACUCUAAAUAUCAAUCGGAAGAUGAAAAACUCUUGAGGAAAUAUAAUGAUAUUCAUACACGGAUUGAUUGUUUAUUGUUUCUUCGUGAAAAGGAUUUGGUAAAUUUAUUGGAUUGCUUUUAUUUUGAACAAAUUGAAAAACAAUCAAAAUACACGGACAAGUAUUUCUGUACAGUGGAAAAGAUUGAUGGAAUUGUUUCUCUUCGAUAUUUAUUGUAUAAAAACAGAUUGCGAAAUAAGAAUUUUCAACCUCUAAAACAGAGUUUAAUAUUUCAAGUUAUGAGAUGCUGUCUGGAGGCUUCUGCCAUUCUUCACGCUGUGGGAGAACCGUAUUUUUCAUUUUCUCCUUGCAACAUUUUGAUUGAGAAGAAGACUCGAAAAGUAAUGUUGCGACCAUACGUGAUUGAUAAAACAGACAUGCUACACAAGUUUAUUGAGGAUCCACAUGGGGAAAGUAUUUUUGAUCCUUAUACCAUCAAGUUUGAGGAUAAUAAGGUGUUAGUGAAGGAGUUUUUCGAGAAUCAGCUGUGGUAUUGCCCUCCCGAGUUGGUGUUUCGAAUCUUUCUAGGAAAGAAGGACAAAAUUCACAAGUACAAGAAACAACUCUACAACGAGAUUAAGCACUCUUAUACAACCUCGAUAGCGAUUGACAUUUGGGCUAUGGGAUGCAUUUUUUCAGAAAUGAUGCUUCCGUAUCCACUCUUCAGUUCCAUGAGAAUUGAAGAUCAAGUAAUCAAUACGCUAUCUAUUCUUCGACUUGAAUCAGAAAAUGAAGAAUAUUCACAUCCUCGAUAUAUGAAACAGAGCAAAUUUUUCAACACAAUUUUAUCCAAGCAUUUAGAUUUAAAAACCAAUCGCCUCUCAGUGUUGAAACAUUAUUUAACAGGAAGCUCAAGUUAUGAAGUGACUGCUGUCACUUUGCAAACAAUUUCGUGCAUGAUGGAUUAUGAACCAUCUCUAAGGCCGCCAGCAUCAAGAAUUUUAAAGAUUCCAAUAUUUUCAACCCAAAACCUCCCAAAUAGUGGACUUUACUAUAGAAAGACAGAUCACAACAAUUCAUCAAAGACGUCAGGUGAUGAUGAUACUCUAUCGAAAAACUCAGUUCUAGUAGACUAUGUCAACAAGGUUGAGGAAGAACAAGUCAAAGCAAAUCAAUCUUGGAUUUCAGAGAGUAGUAUUGCAAAUCACAAUGAACACGCCCGCGUGGAUCAGAACUUUGCGAAUGAUUCCAUAUAUGAAGAGAGUAUUAUGCUAGCAUCGUUACUGAAUGAUAAAUCGAAACGAAAGAAGGCAACAUCGGCAAACGAACAAGUCUUCAUGACGUAUCAACAGAAAAACCUUGAAGAGAAAGAAGGAGAAAACCUAUUGAACUAUCUUUCGGACAAUGAUGUGAAAUCGUCAUCCACUUCAUUUGUGACACUUUCUCAUGCAUUCAAAAAACUUGAGAAAAUUUAUAGGAAUGAAAUAACAAAAAUUGGAAACGAUAUUAGAGAAAUGAAGGAGACUCUUGGAGACUUGUUACAGAAUAGUGUCUUACCAUCUGAAAAGAAUAAUCACCAUCGCUCUGGUUCCGUAGAGAAUUCAAUAGAGUCAUCUUCGUCAUCUUCCUCGGAAGAGGUCUUUGUUCCUAAAACAAGUACUAUUCGAGGCACUGUACAGCUUACCAUUGAACGAAUACAUGAGAUUGAAUAUGAAGGACAACUUUAUUUCUCAAUACUACGAGGUCAUACGGAACUUGUCACGCAAGACUUACUCUCCAAAAACUACACCUCUAUCCACAUUAAUGACGAGUUUUCAAAAUACAACAAUGAGAUCAUGUUAAAAAUUACAGACCAAGUCAAGAAGAACGGUCAUGAAGCAAUUGUUGGUGUGGCAAUUAUUGAUCUAUCACCUCUCUCCUAUUCGACAGACCUUUGUGGAUGGUAUAAUCUGUAUGACUCGAUACAGAACAAGAAACUAACAGGUCAGGUCUUGGUACGAAUUACGUUCGUAAAGCAGCAACCAGCUCUACCCAUACAAAAGCCUCCGUCACAGACAUUAACAACUCAGCAAAUUAAGGUCAACGAGCAACCAGCAGCAGCAGUUUCUUCCCAACAUCCGUCACUCUCUGAAAAGGCUACUACUUCUUUGCCCCAACGACCUUCACCAAACAUGUUCACUCAAAACUAUGACAAUAUUCUUUUUGGAAAUUUGGAAGAUGAAUUAGAUCAGAAAAUGUCACUCAGCGUUGAUACUUUUGUUUUCACAGAAUCCUCUUCAAACACACAAUUACUUGGAGAUGACGAUCACCAUGAAAUGAUCAUGACAGAACACCACACAUCACCACCUGCCAACCAAACUCCCUUAAUCCCAUCCUCGGAUAUUAUCACGGCUAAUUCCUUAAGAGUUGAUGACAUUAAUGAAAUUACCAAUGUGUUACAACCUCGUUCCUUUUCCAACAAUCAUUAUUUACCCUUGCCGAUAACCCAUGCCAACCACAUCGAGGCCCCUCAUAACGACCUGUCCCACUUUCAAACCAUUUCAUCCAGUAGCUUGAUGUCCUCCCGUCCGAUCAUUCAUUCGGAACCUAAUGUUGAACCAUUGAAUCAUCCAUCAGCUGCAACGAAUGCUACUUCCUCUCAUCUUCAUCAUCAUCCCGUUCACUGCUACAUCAACAACCACAUGUAG